AAUUCCAAAGAUCGUUUGCUUUGCUACCUCUAUUUCCCGUCCUAGCACGGAACCCGCCUCUCAAAGUUGGAUCGACGAGUCUUUUCAAGAGGACGAUAAGGAAUUGCGGUGACAAUGUUGGCGAUAUUUCACAAGGCAUUUGCGCACCCGCCGGAUGAGCUGAACAGCCCUGCCUCCCACAGUGGCUCGAGGAAGCCCAAGCUCCCAGACGAGACCCUCAGGGAGUUCGUCUCGCGCCAGCCGGAAAACACCUUCUCUAUGACGUUCGGGGACGCUGCUGCCCUCGCUCAUGUCAGGCCCGACAACCCCUUUUCCCUGCGCCAGAGGCUGUUUUGCGGGUUUGAUGAUAUAUACUGCCUGUUCAUGGGGAGCCUGAACAACCUGAAUCAGCUGAACAAGCAGUACGGGCUGGCCAAGGGAAGCAACGAGGCCCUGUUUGUGAUAGAGGCCUACAGGACGCUGAGGGACAGGGGUCCAUACCCGGCUGAUCAGGUGGUGAAGGAUCUUGAUGGUAGCUUUGCCUUCGUUGUCUAUGACAGCAAGGCUGGGACCGUCUUCACUGCACUGGGUUCUGAUGGAGGAGAGAAGCUGUACUGGGGGAUUGCAGGCGAUGGCUCUGUUGUGAUAUGCGAUGACAAGGAGGUCAUAAAGGCAGGGUGUGCCAAGUCUUAUGCUCCCUUCCCCAAAGGGUGCAUGUUCCACAGUGAAGGAGGGUUGAUGAGCUUCGAGCAUCCGAUGAACAAGAUGAAGAUGAUGCCGAGGGUGAAUAGUGAGGGGGUGAUGUGCGGAGCCAGCUUCAACGUCGAUAAGUUCACAAGGGUCAACAGCAUUCCACGUCGAGGGAGCGAAUCGAACUGGAUGGAGUGGGAUGCACAUUAAUUGACUUGAGAUCUUGCUCUCGCUCAUCAACUACCCGUGACAAAAUCCUUGUUAUGUCCUUCUCCUUUCUGUAAACUUGUUAUGUUAAAUGAGAGCUCAUCUAAGCAAAAAUUA